AUGCCCUCCACACCUUCCCAUGAGGAGACCACCUAUCCGGCCUGCAGGGGACCCCCGAAGGAUGCAGUGGCCAGCGCCUGUGGACACAUCUUCUGCGGGCUUUGCGUCCUCCCGCCCUCCCAGAUGGGGGCCCAGCCCUCCGGCCAGGUGCUGCUCUGUGCACUCUGCAAGGAGAAGGAGCCCAUGGAGCCUCUCGUGGCCCCUGUGCCCCUGGGCCCUCUGGGGGAGAACUAUGAGCAGCAUGCUGAGAAGAUUUACUUCUUCUGCAAGGUCGAUGCUGAGUUCCUCUGUAUGGUCUGUUGGGAGGGUCCCUCCCACCGCACCUACCCCGUGGGCGUCCUCGACGGGGCGGUUCAGCCCUACUGGGACCAUCUCCGGAACCAGUCGGAAGCCCUGAGCUUGGAGAAGAAAGAGAUGGAGGACACACAGAGGCGGGAAGACGGGAAGCUUCAAGUGCUUCUGACUCACAUUGAAAGCAAGAAGCAGCAGGUGGACACGGUGUUGGAGAGGUUGCAGCUGGAGCUGAUGGACCAGCAGCGUCUGCUGCAGGCCAGGCUGAGGGACCUGGAGAGGAAGAGCUGCAUGGAGAGAGACGAAUACAUCUUCAGGUCAUCUGAGGAGGUCGCCAGGCUUGGGGCCCAGGCCCAGGAGCUGAAGGAGCUGCUGCAAACACCACCACAAAGGGAAGCUGCUGGUCCCGUCCUGUCCCCUGCUGGGAGCACCUGUCCCUUCUCCGUGCUCGCCUGGUAUGAGACAAAGACUUUUGUGAGUCCAGAGACCAUUUCUCCAGACCUUGUUGAGAAGAUCCGAGAUCUCCACAGGAAAAUACUCCCCCUCCCAGUGAUGCUGAGGACCUUCUCAGAAAACCUGGCGCAUCAUCUGGAAACAGACUCAGCCAUGGGCAAGCCAGUGUACCUCCUGGUUCCGGGGCCGUCACGUCCUGUCUCCGAGGACCUGCCGCAUGGCCCCCUGCGCUCCGAGGGUGUGCCGGCGGCGCGGGGCUCCCCCGGCUGCCCCUCCGGGCACUCCCAGCUUCGCCGUCUGGGAAACGGGGUCCUGCAGGCCUGA